AGGCCAGAAAUAAUGCGAACUAGGGCCAUUUAAAAGCUACCUCGUGACGAAGCUAUUGACUUGUCAAACCUUUCGCUUAUGGAAACGAAACUGUACAAUUACUUCUAAUUAUGACUGGGCAUCAACUGCUAUUAGCUGUCCUUGUAAUCAGUAGUUCCUUGUUUAAUGAAUACGUGACAGCGUGGAGGGCAUGCGUUGUGCCGAACCGUAAUAAAAGUCCUGGAACUAACCUGAAUGCCGAUAGUACGGCCUUACUCGAUUGCAACGAGCUAGACAGAAAUGGAAUUUUCAAAGCGAUGUCAGAAUACGACAUUCUGCUAGUAAAAGGCGAGGUGUCUCCCAAAGAUUUGAGCCCGUUAACAGUUGAGCCGCUCCAAAAAGGCAUGUUUCUCGUAAAGGCACCGGCCCAAUCACCCUCCGUUUUCAAACGGAAUCGUCGCAGUGUCCCCCACAAUUCUGCCAGACAUGCCGAGUUAAAAGACCUCGACCAAAAUACGUUUGUGGUAUCGACGUUUGCCUUCAAUCCGAAAUUACUAAGAAACGGUACCCAUGCAGAGCGUUACUCGGUGUUUGCAAAGCUCACUGAGGGCGUACUGCAGGAACACUAUAAAAAGUACGGUGCUCCAGACACGGCUCACUGGAGAGAUAUUAACAAUCAAAUCUAUACGGAAGAUCUAUUCAACAACAUAUUAGCGGCUACGGGAAUGUUUUAUGAUAGUGAAUCACAAAGUUCGCCAGGUGUUUCCAAACUCAUGCAAGGAAAGACUUUCGGACAGAUAGUAAAUGAAUUCCAAUCACGAAUGAUAGAGGAGGACGCUCGUGGUAUGCCUUUAUCCAGAAAAGGUCCUCAGUUGGAUCUGUGGCCAAAAAAGGCUUUGCAUGAUGAAAGCGCGCGAACCCUGCUGACAAACUCGAGCGGAGUCCUGCUCGUGAAUGAAACAUAUUAUCUUAUUAGCAACGAGAGCAUUCUUCAAAGUGUAUUAUCAAAUGACUUGUUGUUUAAAACAAUGCAAGCCCGCUUCAUGCUAAUGCCGGUGAUUACUGUGGAGGACGGCGAUGCGGACAAAGGGACCAGCAAAUUUCCAGGAUUUCGACUGUUCGCGCACUUCAGUCCUCGGGAUUAUGCUUCACAAGAUGACGAGCUCUUUGCAGAUACAAGCCUUCUCGGAGCAGAUGCCCUUAGAAAGGCAGCGCUUGUUCUCCAAUACUUGAAUGGUCUCAACGAGUCAUACCCAGUGACAGAGUUAGGACAGACAAGACGGCCGUGAGCGGCCUUCUUAGCCCAUUGCUGUCGGCAGCAGAUUAUUCAUUGAAUUGGAGUGAUAAAAAUGACGCUGUAUGCACGUGGCUUUAAUUCCGAUGUGACAUUAGAAAACGAAUGAUUUGAAAGGCUCACAGUUUACGAAUUAUCAAGCUUGGUGACCAUGUUGUGGUCUGGAGUACUAAUUUAAAACGAGCAAAUAGUGUACGAAUACCAAAUUGUUACACCGUUCGUUAUAGUUCGUUGUAUUGUCAUAGAACUCUUCAUCAGAAAGCAAGUCUCCAUCAAGUUGAAGUUCCAUCUAUCUAGCAAAUCUACACACAUAAAACUUUGUGUCUUUAUCUGGCGCAAAUCGAUUUUCUAAAUUGGCCGGAUCGUGUUGAUUUUUAGCAGGACUUUGAUCUGGAAUAAACCUGCGCGUAAGAUCAA